AUGGGGAAGAUCGUGUUCUACGAGGAUAAGAACUUCCAGGGCCGCUGCUACGAGUGCGGCAGCGACUGCCCGGAUCUGCAUUCCUACUUCUCCCGAUGUAACUCCGUCCGGGUGGAGAUGGGCUGCUGGGUCCUGUACGAGCGGCCCAACUACACGGGGUACCAGUACAUCCUGACCCGGGGCGAGUACCCCGACCCCCAGCAGUGGGCCGCCUUCAGCGACAGCAUAAAGUCCUGUCGGCUGGUGAAAAACGUGUACGGAGGCUCUCACAAGCUGAGGCUCUACGAGAGGCCCAACUUCGGCGGCCAGAUGGUGGAGCACGGCGAGGACUGCCCGUCGCUGCAGGACGUCUUCAAGUUCGGCGAGGUGCAGUCGUGCGCGGUGCUGGACGGCGCCUGGGUGUUCUACGAGCAGCCCAGUUACCGCGGGCGGCAGUACUUCCUGGAGCGCGGGGAGUACCGCCAGCACGCCGACUGGGGCGCGGCCUCGCCCGCCGUGGGGUCCUUCCGCCGGAUCACCGAUUUCUGA